GCGCUGGAGCGGCAGAUCUUUGACUUCCUGGGCUACCAGUGGGCUCCGAUCCUUGCCAACUUCCUGCACAUCAUGGCAGUUAUCCUGGGCAUCUUUGGCACCGUGCAGUACCGCUCCCGGUACCUCAUCCUGUAUGCAGCCUGGCUGGUGCUCUGGGUUGGCUGGAAUGCAUUUAUCAUCUGCUUCUAUUUGGAGGUUGGACAGCUGUCCCAGGACCGGGACUUCAUCAUGACCUUCAACACAUCCCUGCACCGCUCCUGGUGGAUGGAGAAUGGGCCAGGCUGCCUGGUGACACCUGUCCUGAACUCCCGCUUGGCCCUGGAGGACCACCAUGUCAUCUCAGUCACCGGCUGCCUACUCGACUAUCCCUACAUUGAAGCACUUAGCAGUGCCCUGCAGAUCUUCUUGGCUCUGUUCGGCUUCGUGUUCGCCUGCUACGUGAGCAAAGUAUUCCUGGAAGAGGAGGACAGCUUCGAUUUCAUCGGCGGUUUUGACUCCUACGGAUACCAGGCGCCCCAGAAGACGUCGCAUUUACAACUGCAACCUCUGUACACGUCUGGGUAGCGUUUACCCCACGCCCACCCCUGCGGUUAGACUGACCGCCGCUGCCACGAGCUCUGGCCAAGAUGGCAGGCGCGCCCCCUGGCGGCUCCCUGACUCACUGCAGCCUGAGCCGGCGGGAUCUGUGUCUGAAGAGGACUUGGACUUGGCCCUUAGCAGCCUGGACUUGAGGGGUGGGGCGGGGAGAAUCGCGGGGUUUGUAUUUUUUUUAAUCUCAGCCUUGACGUGUGCGGGCGACCCCACCUCCCACCCCCGCCCUUCUCCAGCCUCCCCUUUCUCCCUUCUUCCCCCAGCAUCCUGUCCCCUGUCCAGAGGGAGAGGGCAGGAGAAACACACACACCAUCUCACCACAUUUAUUCACCAGCCCUGGGGAAAGUUCCCCCGAACUAUGAAGAGGAGGAGUCCUGAGUUCUAAUCGCAGCUCCAUCACUAACUCUGUGUGACAUCUGGCAAAGCCCUUGUCUUCUCUGGGCCUUAGCUUCUCACCUCAAAUAAUUAAAAUAAUCCCUUAGUAAAUGGAGCUCUUUCUAGCCUUUUCAUUUGACUCUCAAUUCCCUGGACUAUACUGGGAUUUUACUAUAAUCCCCAUUUUGGAGAUAUGGAAACUGAGUCCCAGAGAUGUAAAGCGAUUUACCUGAGGUCACACAGCUGCGUUUUUGGUGGAGGCAGGACUUGAACACAGUAUAUCAUCUGUAGUUUCAGACUCCAAAACCCAGUGUCCGGUCUCUGAAUUCCAUUUCCAAGCCCCCUUCCAACUUGGACACUCUAGAAACCAUAUGACAUACACCACGCUCACAUACCACCGCCACCACUUGCCAACGCCUCUCUUAAAGCAAUAUACCCAUUCUCUUGUUGGGAAUGGGAUGGACGGAUCCCAGAGCCCUGCAUUCAGCCUGACCUACAGGGAAGCCUUCUUAGACUCGGCCUCUGCCCACCCUUGGCAAAGCUUUUGAGCUUUCUCUAGCAAAGGGGGGGACACAACCCCAUUGCCCCACUCCCAGGUCCCCGAGGCUGCUGCACCCAUGACCCCUCACCCCCUCAGCAACUCCGCCAACCUCUAAGGAUGCCAUCCACUUCAUCUGAUGAAAGACCAGUGGUUCCAGCAUGGAAAAGGGCUCAUCUGUGCUUCCUGGUCACCAGUGUUGAAAGAUCACCAGUGUUCACGAUCGCACCGGUGUCCAGGAGCACCCUCUAACAAGCCCAGAAGUUGUUCCAGAGAGGCAGAAUGGAGGGGGGUGCCAUCGGGGAGGGGGGUCUGGAGGGCCAGCACUCUUCCUUAAGAGCAAGUCAACGUAAGGGCUCAGUCUCUUCACCUUCCUCCUCAGACACCUCUGAGGACCCUGCAUCCCGUGUGCUGGCUGGUGAAUCUGAGGGCAGGAGGAUUGGGCCUCAGCUUCCAGUUUGUGAAACAGGAGGAGCCCUGGCUUAGGAAGGAGGGUGGGAGGCCUGGGGGAACCAGAUGGAAGUACAGACGGUUGUACACCCUCCAUGGUGACCAUUCCUCACUCUCCACGCUCUGAUCUGCCAUCCCCUCCUGUCUCAGGCCAAAAUAUCCUGAACUCAGACCCCACCACAUGUGCAGGUCUGUGCUGAAGGGCCAACCCUGGGCAUUUCUCUGGUCACUGCAGAACCUGAGCUACCAGUGCAGCUCAAGAGGGUGACGGUUCCCUCCGGCCUGGCUGCUGCACUGCCUCUGGGCCAACUUCUGCCUCCAGCCCUCUCUUCUCCCACUCCUAGGCGGCUGUCAUCUCACCCUGAAUCCCUUUUCUACUCAGCGGGUUUAGCCACUGGUGCUUUGAAGCCUUUUGUUUUUAUAAGAUGGUUUGUUUUUUCAAGGAGACCAGGUUUUCGUCUCACUGGGACCUUGCAAGGCAGGGAGUGUCGCCCUGGUUUCUGUGCAGGUGGGAUGAUUAAAGACGGUGUUUUCUUCUCUCUUCCUGUCCUGCCCAUGAGUCUGCAGGGUCUUCUAAGGGAAAAGUCUUUGUAUGAAGGGUGGGCAGAGGUUGGGAACCUAUGUCAUUGUCAUGAUCAAACAUUCCUGGGACACUGGCCUGUGCCUCUGGCUGGCUGUGUGGCUUUGGGCAAAUGAUCCUCCCUGUCUUUCCUGAUCCAUAAAAUGCACAGAGGGGAUUAGGUCAGUGGUUUCCAAACCUGGCUUCACAAUCUCUUAGAGAGCUUUCUAUUUUUCUGAUUAAGUGUAUCUUAAGAUUAUGCUUUCAAAUAUCAUUGGCAUCUUGGCUCUGCCCUCUUCUGAUGAUUCAGUUCCUGACUUGGAAUAAACUGGCAGACAGUGCUUUAGACACAGAUUCCUGUCUCCCAGCUGGGACAUCCUGGCUCUCUCUCUGACCAUACCACAAGAAUCAGUCUUUUGAAUUUUAAACAUUUAUUUUUGUGUGUAAAUAAGUAAUAUGUAUAUAUGGCACAGAAUUCAGAAAGUUUCAGGGUGCUUUGUACUCUUCACCUAUUUUCCAUAUCUUUCCAAAGAUAGUCAAUUUUUUUUAAAAAUUACAUAAAAUUUUCCCCCUCACACAAGGUAAAAUAUGUUACUUACUCUUCAGCUCUACUUUUUUCAACCUAACUCUUGGAAAUCUCCCAAUAACACAUGUGGAGCUGUCUUCCAUUCUUCCACAGUGAUUUGGUAGAACUGAGAUUUUUAAGAUCUCCAGGUGACCUUGCAGUUAGGACCAAGAACCAGAGGUUCCACAUAAGCAUGCCAGGUUCACUAUGCCAACCUCUGUGGCCCACUCCUGGUUGUGGAAUCAGAGGGAGACAAAUCAAGGAGUUUAUGGUCUAGUGGGGAGCCCAUGGAGUGAUCAGGCAGAAGGGUGGAUGCUGGUGGCAGGUGGUCAAUGCUAAGGACAGUUUAGCAUGAAAGGCAGUUGUUAAUAGGUGCUAACAGCGUGAGCAAAGGUAGGGAAGGAGGAAAGCCCAUGGUGUCUGGGGUAAGAAUGGCCAGAGACGAGCUAGCUGGAGAAAGGUUCAGUGGGGAAUGUAUUAGAUUUCUAUUGCCGUCAUAAAUUAUCACAACUGUAGUAUCUUAAAGAAAUACACAUUUGUUAUCUUAAAGUUCAGUAGAAGUCCAUCAUGGGUCUCACUGGUGUAAAAUUAAGAUGUCUAGAGGAUUGCAUUUCUGGAGGCUCUAGGGGAGAAUCCAUGUCCUUGUCUUUUCUAGCUUCUAGAGGCUCCCUGCAUUUCUUGACUCUUGGCCUCUCUCUUCAAAGCCAGUGACAUCACAGCUCUGAUCCUUUUUCCAUCAUCACAUCUCUCUAAGCACAGCCAGGAAAAGUUCUCCACUUAGAAGGAUCUGUGUCCAGGAUAGUUUCCUCCUCUCAAAGUCUUUAAUCCCAUCUACAAAGUCCCUUUUGCCAUCUAUCACAUUCACAGUUUCCAGAAAUUAGAGUGGGGACAUCUUUCCCGGGGCAGGAGGUCAUUAUUCUACCUUCCACAGGGAAGGAGUCCUAUCCUGCAGCCCUGAAUGUCAAACCAGAGUGCAUCAGAAUGUCAAACCUGGAGUGUGUGUGGGGUGGAGGGGUAGCUAUUGAAGGACUUUCAGCAGAAGCUAUUCAGAAUUGUCCCUUAGUGAGAACUGGCAGGGCUGGAACAGUGGGUUGGAGGGGGGAAGCAGGAAACAGUGUUUUGUCUGGAAGAGGUUUAGGGUUUCUCUCUUCUCUGUGUAAACGUGUGUUCUUGGAGGUAUGUGUGUGACCAGGAGCUCUAUGUGUGUAAACUUGGGAUGGCCCCUGCAGUAGAGUCACGAUCAGCAUGAGCUGCAGGACACAGGCAUCCCUUGGUCACUGUUCAUCACUCUAGAAACUAGUUAAGCUGGUCUUCCCACAAAGCCCAGAACUGGGACUUCCCUGGUGGUCCAGUGGUUAAGAAUCCAUCUGCCAAUGCAGGAGACACAGGUUCGAUCCCUGGUCAGGGAAGAUGCCACAUGCUGCAGGGCAACUAAGCCCGUAUGCCACAAUU